GGCUCUGUAGCUGAGAGAAGCCCUGGCAGGUCAGUGGGAGGCACUGUCACCCUGAGUCCUAUGCUGGCAGCGGGGAUCCUUGGGGAGAACCCGGGAUACCGCGGAAGCUGGGAAAUGGAUUCAGUAGCCUUUGAGGAUGUGGCCGUGAACUUCACCCGGGAAGAGUGGGCUUUGCUGGGUCCAUCACAGAAGAGUCUGUACAGAGAUGUGAUAUGGGAAACCAUUAGGAAACUGGACUGUAUAGGAAUGAAAUGGGAAGACACAAACAUUGAAGAUCAGCACAAAAAUCCCAGGAGGAGCCUAAGAUGUCAUAUUGUAGAGAGAUUCAGUGAAAGUAGCCAGAUUCCAGAUAGUACCGUGAAUGAAAAAACUCCUGGAGUAGAUCCAUGUAAAAGCAGUGUGCGUGGAGAAGUCAUCAUGGGUUGUUCAUUCCUUAAUUGCUAUAUCACAUUUGAUGCUGGACACAAACCAGUUGAGUGUCAGGAAUAUGGAGAGAAGCCACAUACACAUAAACAAUGUGGGACAGCCUUCAAUUAUCACCACUCCUUUCAAACACAGGAAAGACCUCACACUGGAAAGAAACGCUAUGAUUGUAAGGAAUGUGGGAAAACCUUCAGUUCUUCGGGAAACCUUCGAAGACACAUAAUAGUACAACGUGGAGGUGGACCUUAUAUAUGUAAGUUGUGUGGGAAAGCCUUUUUUUGGCCUAGUUUAUUUCGUAUGCAUGAAAGAACUCACAUUGGAGAGAAACCGUAUGAAUGUAAGCAGUGUUCUAAAGCCUUCCCUAUUUACAAUUCCUAUCUAAGACAUGAAAGAACACACACUGGGGAGAAACCAUAUGAAUGCAAGCACUGUUCUAAAGCCUUCCCUGAUUACAGUUCCUAUGUAAGACAUGAAAGAACUCACACUGGAGAAAAACCCUAUAAAUGUAAACAGUGUGGAAGAGCCUUCAGUGUUUCCAGUUCUCUUCAAAUACAUGAAAGAACUCAUACUGGAGAGAAACCCUAUGAAUGUAAGCAAUGUGGGAAAGCAUUUCAUCAUCUGGGAAGCUUUCAAAGACACAUGAUAAGGCACACUGGAAAUGGACCUCAUAAAUGUAAGAUAUGUGGGAAAGGCUUUGAUUGUCCUAGUUCACUGCAAAGUCAUGAAAGAACUCACACUGGAGAGAAACCCUAUGAAUGCAAGCAGUGUGGGAAAGCGUUAUCUCAUCGCUCAAGCUUUCGAAGUCAUAUGAUAAUGCACACUGGAGAUGGACCUCAUAAAUGCAAGGUAUGUGGGAAAGCCUUCAUUUAUCCCAGUGUAUUUCAAAGACAUGAAAGGACUCAUACUGGUGAGAAACCCUAUGAUUGUAAAGAAUGUGGUAAAGCCUUCCGUAUUUCUAGUUCUCUUCGAAGACAUGAAACAACUCACAGUGGAGAGAAACCCUAUAAAUGUAAAUGUGGGAAAGCCUUUAUUGAUUUCUAUUCCUUUCAAAAUCACGAAACAACUUACACUGGAGAGAAGCCAUAUGAGUGUAAGGAAUGUGGGAAGGCAUUCAGUUGUUUCACAUACCUUUCUCAACAUAGAAGGACUCACACAGCUGGAAAACCUUAUGAGUGUAAAACAUGUAGGAAAGCCUUCAGUCAUUUUGGUAACUUAAAAGUCCAUGAAAGGAUUCACACUGGAGAGAAGCCGUAUGAAUGUAAGGAAUGCAGGAAAGCAUUCUCUUGGCUCACUUGCCUUCUACGACAUGAAAGAGUUCACACUGGAAAGAAAUAUGAAUGUCAACAAUGCGGUAAAGCCUUCACUCGUUCUCGUUUCAUUUGAGGACAUGAAAGGAUUCACACUGGAGAGAAGAUGCAUGAAUGUAAGGAAUGUGGGAAGGCACUGAGUUCUCUCAGUUCCUUGCAUAGAUAUAAAAGGACUCACUGGAGAGAUACUCUAUAAAUGUGGGAAAGCAUUCAUUAAUUUUAUUUCAUUUCAAAAAUGUGAAAGAAAUCACAUAGGAGAUAAGCCUCAUGAAUGCAAACAAAUGGUAAAGCCUUAAGAUGUUUCUUUUGAAUAUGGUUAUCCCCUAACCAUAUGCAGGAGAUUGGUUCCAGACCCCCUAAGCAUACCUAAAUCCACAGAUGCUGUGUCCCUUUUAUAAAAUGACAUUUGCAUGUCACCUAUCCACAUCCUCCUGCAUCCCGUAAAUUAUGCCUAGAUUACUUAAUUUUUCACCAACCCAAAGCUUUUGUAAAAGUAAAAAUAAAAAGUAGGUUACUAAAA